UUUCCCCCACCCCUCAAGCUAGGCUGAGCUGUGCCUACGUCGGCCUCGACUCCCGGGGGCUGGAGGAGUUACCUUUGGAGCCCGAAAGGAGGAAGGAAGCAAAAUAUCAACAACAGCCGAGGCGGUUCGGGCGCUCGGCCCCGGUUCCCCGCUUGCCAGCCGCCCGCUGCUGGCCCCCGCGCCCACGACGGGGGCCCAGGCCCCCCGGCGCCGCCCAGGGCCCGCGCGGACGCCGGCCUCAUUAUCAUUCCCCCCGCCCGGAGCUGCGGCUUCCCGGUGUUGAAGAUCCCCGGACCAGGGGCGAGGGCUGCCUGCUCUUUGCCGUGACAACCCCUUUCCCCCAGCCGGGCUGGAGGCUGUGCAGAAGGUAUCCUGCAGACCAUGAACUGAGCACUGUUCCCAGACCGUUCAUGAGCACAGUGUAAGGUGUGCCGAGACCCACCACCCAGCAAGCCCCUCCCCUCCGUAGCACUGAGGACCCCCGGAGAAGAUGGGGAGGAAAAAGAUUCAGAUCCAGCGAAUCACCGAUGAGCGGAACCGACAGGUGACUUUCACCAAGCGGAAGUUCGGCCUGAUGAAGAAGGCGUAUGAGCUGAGCGUGUUGUGUGACUGCGAGAUCGCACUCAUCAUCUUCAACCACUCCAACAAGCUGUUCCAGUACGCCAGCACCGACAUGGACAAGGUGCUGCUCAAGUACACGGAGUACAAUGAGCCGCAUGAGAGCCGCACCAAUGCAGACAUCAUCGAGACCCUGAGGAAGAAGGGCUUCAACGGCUGCGACAGCCCAGAGCCCGACGGGGAGGACUCGCUGGAACAGAGCCCCCUGCUGGAGGACAAGUACCGGCGCGCCAGCGAGGAGCUCGACGGGCUCUUCCGGCGCUAUGGGUCAGCUGUCCCGGCCCCCAACUUUGCCAUGCCUGUCACGGUGCCCGUGUCCAAUCAGAGCUCACUGCAGUUCAGCAAUCCCAGCGGCUCCCUGGUCACCCCUUCCCUGGUGACGUCAUCCCUCACAGACCCGCGGCUCCUGUCACCCCAGCAGCCAGCACUACAGAGGAACAGUGUGUCUCCUGGCCUGCCCCAGCGGCCAGCUAGUGCAGGGGCCAUGCUGGGGGGUGACCUGAACAGUGCUAAUGGAGCCUGCCCCAGCCCUGUUGGGAAUGGCUACGUCAGUGCCCGGGCUUCCCCUGGCCUCCUCCCUGUGGCCAAUGGCAACAGCCUAAACAAGGUCAUCCCUGCCAAGUCUCCACCCCCGCCCACCCACAGCACCCAGCUUGGAGCCCCCAGCCGCAAGCCCGACCUGCGAGUCAUCACUUCCCAGGCAGGAAAGGGGUUAAUGCAUCACUUGACUGAGGACCAUUUAGAUCUGAACAAUGCCCAGCGCCUUGGGGUCUCCCAGUCUACCCAUUCGCUCACCACCCCAGUGGUUUCUGUGGCAACGCCGAGUUUACUCAGCCAGGGCCUCCCCUUCUCUUCCAUGCCCACUGCCUACAACACAGAUUACCAGUUGACCAGUGCAGAGCUCUCCUCCUUACCAGCCUUCAGUUCGCCUGGGGGGCUGUCGCUAGGCAAUGUCACCGCCUGGCAGCAGCCACAACAGCCCCAGCAGCCGCAGCAGCCACAGCCUCCACAGCAGCAGCCACCGCAGCCACCGCAGCCACAGCCACAGCAGCCUCAGCAGCCGCAGCAGCCACCUCAGCCACAGUCCCACCUGGUCCCUGUAUCUCUCAGCAACCUCAUCCCGGGCAGCCCCCUGCCCCACGUGGGUGCUGCUCUCACAGUCACCACCCACCCCCACAUCAGCAUCAAGUCAGAACCGGUGUCCCCAAGCCGUGAGCGCAGCCCUGCGCCUCCCCCUCCAGCUGUGUUCCCAGCUGCCCGCCCUGAGCCUGGCGAUGGUCUCAGCAGCCCAGCCGGGGGAUCCUAUGAGACGGGGGACCGGGAUGACGGACGGGGGGACUUCGGGCCCACACUGGGCCUGCUGCGCCCAGCCGCAGAGCCUGAGGCUGAGGGCUCAGCUGUGAAGAGGAUGCGGCUCGAUACCUGGACAUUAAAGUGACGGUUCCCACUCCCCUCCUCUCAGCCUCCCUGAUGAAGAGUUGACAAUCUCACCGCCCGCCCUUCCCUGCCCCGGGCUCCUCCCGCUCGACCCCCACCUCCUUUCUUGUGCUCCAUGUCCUGUUGACGGUUACAUUUGUGUAUAAUUAUUAUUAUUAUAUUAUUAUUAUUAUUAUAUUUUUUUUAAUUUGGAUUCUCGCUUUGGAGAGGGGGAUGCUCUCAUCCCCUUUUUCUGUCCCCCCCACCAUUUUCACUGGCUGGGGGGCUCUGUUUUUCGCGGGAAGGGGGGACACUUUGCACGUUGUACACAUAUGCUGCAGGAAGGGGGUGCGGGGCCCGAUAGGCCUUGGGGAAAGGACAGGUGCCGAGCCCUGCAUGUGGAGCCCUCCCACCCCAUCCCCCAGAUAGAGGGAAAUAACCAAAAAACUACCAAACAACAAAAGAAACCCACACUAUAGACUGAAACCCCAAAGUGGGCUUGACGGGUGGGUUUGUGUCUCAAGGGGAAAGUGAGGCAGAGGUUCUGAAAAGGGUCUCUGUUUCUGGGUUCAUGUGGCCAUAGGCACAUGGAGCAGAAUACUGAAGCCUGGCCCCCAAAUGCCCUGCACACACGUGCCACACCUGUGCUGAUUCUUGUGUGUGCUGCACCCCCAAGGUGUGUGGGUGCUGGCUGAGCUUUGGGCUGGGAAGGCAGCCUGGGGAAUCUGAGGCUGGGGAUGGGUUCGAGGUGAGGGCCUCUCUGGAAGCACAUUUGGAGAGAAAGACAGAGCCAUGAGGAGAGGGCUGUGGAGGGCAGAAGGGCUAGGCAGGGGGCAAAUCGGGCCCCUCCCUUCCCCAGCUUUUCUCUAAGAUAUACAGUGCAAUAGCUCCCCGCCCCUCGGUUGAUGCCAGCCCUGUAAAGCUGGCCACAAUGUGCAGGGAGAACCGGGAGAGGGUCUUCAGUGAGGUGGCUCGGGGCGAGAGUUGGCCUGGACCUCCCUGGGGUGAUCCAGGCCAGAGCUCUUUCAUCGGGGCAGGUGUGGUGAGGGGAUGUCCUUGGCCUUGCACGCACACUACCUGGGGGAGUGGACACUGGGAUGGUCUGUGGGGUGGGAGGUCCGUAGAGGGCCCACCUCCCUCAUUCCGCCUCACCCCCUCUCCCUAGCUUCUCCUGUUAGCUCCUUCUGCUCCUGACCCCACCUCCUUGCUCUUGGUGCCCCCAUUGUCUCUCGCUACCUCCUUGUCCCACCACCUCUAGGCCGCAUCCCACCUUCCCUCUUGGCUACUGUAAUUGUAAAUAGCGACCUUUGGAAAAUGUUAGCGGUGUAACAGUCCAGGAAACUGUUUUUUGUUGUUGUUGUUGUAUUGAUAUGAAAUGAGAUUCUAUUUUUGUCAAAGUAUAUUGUAAUAAUAAUGACUCAAACGGCCCGUACUGUACAGACGAGAUUCUUCUGCUGUUGUUCUUGCUCCCCUCCCCUCCUCUGAGUCCGCCCCUCUCUGCUGCCUCCUCAGCGGGGCAGUGGGCAAGGGGCCCAGGGGGCAGCCGAAGCACAGAGUCCUGAGACCUCAGGCAGGAUCGUUGAUUAAACCGGAGGGGGCAGGCCCCCAGCCUGCUCUCUAGGACCACCCCCCGCCCUAAGGGGCCUGGCCUGGGGUGACGUGGGCAGACAGACUGCACCACUCCUUCACACAAGCCCAGCUCCUCUGCCCAAGGGGUGCGGUGCUCCCUUGGGGUUUCCUUCCAGUUGGAGAGUAGAGUUAGACAAGGCCCAGUUUUGUUAGCCGACCAUCUUUGCCCACCUCUAUGACCCAGCCUCUUGCAGUAUUUCCAUACUUGAUGCAGGGAAGGAACCAGAGCAGAGGGGCCUGUGAGCACACAUGUACCUGUGCUCAUGAGGACAUCUGGUAUUUAUGUGUCUGAGUGUAGCUUUGUAUUUAUGUGUGUGUGCGUGCGUGUGUCUGGUUGCAUGGGUGUACCUUUGUAUUUAUGUGUGUGUCUGGUUGCACGGGCGUGCCUCUGUGUGUCUCUGAGCCUGGCUGGGCGUGUGUGUGAGUCUAUGUGACUGGAGCUCUUGGGGUAUCUCUGCGUCUGUGUGUGGCUGGUGUGUGUUUACAAAGGGACGGUUGGCUGUUCCAGCUCCACACCCCUGGCUUCAGCUCUCUGACCCCCACUCCCGUCUUCCCUGCUCCUUUCCUCGAGCUCACCCUCAACUCUGACGCAUUGAACUGCAGUUGGGGGAAUUGGCAGUUGGCCCUCUGUGCUUCUCCCUGCAGCCCUACCUCUGCCAGGGCCUCUCCCUCCAGGGACUUCUGCUUCCACCCACAGUUGUCCACUUAGUCGCCCACACGUGACACACAGUUCCUGGAGUACCCUCUUCCCCUAACCCCAGACCUGCUUUCAGAGUGAAACUCAAGUCCCUUUUCCUCCCUGAAGCUUCUCCCUCAGCUGAGCAGUGAUCUGUUCUUACUCACUCUUAACCCCAACCCGCUGACAGGGUGGGGACAGCACAUCCAGCCUUCCCACCUCUCCUGCAGGCAUCUAGAGGGAGUUUCAAGAACUGGCAAACCUCGAUCCAGGCCUUGACAGAAGCCAGGGUGUAAUCUUGUUCAUUCAUGCAUCCGCAGAGCCUCGCCCAGUGCCUGGCACAUAGUAGGCGCUCAAUAAAUGCUGAAUGGGUGAAUGGUUGAAUGAUAGGUGCUCAGUAAAUGAAUGACUGGCCUUCCCUUCUCAGGCUGUUCCCACCAUUAGUCUGCCCACCUUUCUAGGCUGGGCUUGGCCACCAUUAAACACAGGGCCCCUGCAGUUCACGGUGCAAUAUUCACCAGUUUUGCCCUCUGCCUCAUAAAGGCAAACCUGGCUUUUGAUUACCAUGUGUGGAUGUUUCUGUGUCCUUUCUUCUCUGUCCCUGGGGACGGGGUGGUCUGUGAAUAUGUGACAUUUCUGCAGUUCAGUAUCCGAAGGUUUCUUUAGGGGUAGGGGCUCCUGGGCGGCCAGAUGACUGGGUCCCUGGGACGCCAGACCUCAGAUGGGGACUUAAUGUCUUCUUCCUCUCAAGCCAAAUUCGCCUCCACCCACUCACUCCCUUUGAAAAACUGGGCAUUUGCCAAAGUAACCACUGGAGUCAUCUAAUGGCCCUCCCCUCCCCAGGUUUCCCACAGCUUUCAGGGACAGUGGGCAAGAGGACCCCACCACCACCACCACCACCUCAGUGGAACACACCAUCCUACCCCUCAACAGCACACUCAGUGCAGCGAGACUGACCCCUGACCCCUUCCCAGCCCUCCCCAUCUUGGACAGGAAGGAAGUAAUGCACCUUCUCUUGCUGAUUAUUUAUUUGUUUGGAGAGACAGAAAUGUAAAAGUGUAUCUAGAAAUAUCUAUAUCUAUAUAUUUUUAACUGACUCUUUGGAAUCCCUUGGGGUGGGGUGAGGGGUAAGUUUAGGCUUUCUUGGGAGGGGAAAGACAGGGAGCCUGGGAACUCUGUGUUCUCCCCUCUGCUGCCUCUCCCCACCCCUUAAAGCGGUUGGUAGAAGGAAUGGCAUUUGUAUGGGGGGAGGGAGGCUGCAAUGGAGAAUCUGGAUUCUCUCCUCUUCCCCAUUCAAGUCCCAGAGGGAGGGAGGGGGUGAGAAAGAGGAAGGGAGGGGCAGGACGGGCCAUGGAGGUGCCCCACCCCCACACCUGACAAUCACCCACACUCCUGGGGCUCUUCCUGGGUCCUGGGGCAGGGAGAGUCCAAGUGUGAGGCUGUUGAUUUGUUUUCAAUAUUUCUUUUCGUGCUGUAUGGUGAUGCUUUCUUAGUAUUCUACACAAUAAGAAAAGACAAAGUCCUCGAGAUUCUUAUGAGUUUUGUUUGAAAACUCUUUCACUAUAUUUGUUGUAAAGAGGUUUACUAUUAAAAGAAAAAGAAUACACGUUUCUGAUA